GCCUCGUUCGUUAAUUUUGAGAUGGCGGAUUCGCCUCGCUUCACACUACAAUUUCAAGUGAAAUAAUGGACUGGAAGUGCAAAUUGUGUAUAAACGUCUAUCGUUCCAGAGUCCACCUCCUCAGACACUACAGAGUAAAGCACAGCAUCUGCUCUAAAGUAAAUCCACUGCCAUGUGUCUAUCCUGAUUGUCCCUGCACAUUUCCAACACACAGUGCACUCAAAACUCACUUUCAUAGAAACCAUGUAGUAGAUACUGGUACAUGUCAAAGUCAGACAAACAUUUCAUUUAAAUGCAGUCUGUGUACACUAGAACAAUCCAUUUCUGAAGAUGCUCUGUUUAAUCACCUCAGAGCCCAUUUAAAAAGUCAUGAGACUGUUGUUUGCCCAUAUAAAAGUUGCAAUUACAGCACCAAUGUCUAUUCUUCUUUCAACGCACACAAAAGUAGGGUACACCAUGGUGGUUGUCUGUCCGAUUUACAAGAGGGUGUUGGCUAUUCAGAUACCCAGCCUCUCUUUUUUACUUCUGAUACAUGUGAUGUUUCAGAGGAACCUGAAAGUAACACAAAUGAUGAUAAUGGAGACAUAGAGGACAUAGAUGAUGUUAAUGCAUUCAGAAACCAGCUAAAACAUAAUGUUGCCUCUUUAUUUUUAAAGAUGCAGGCGAUUCUUCAUAUUUCUAACAUGGCUACGAAUGAAAUCAUUGAAGACCUCAGUGAUAUAUAUGUAUUAUCACAGCCAUUGAUCAGGAAAACGGUUAGUGAUGUUUUGCAGAAACAUGGCUGCAAUAUCAGUGCAGUUACAAUGGAUGAACUGGUCAGUGCUGUCAUGGAUUGCAAUGUUCUGUUCAGUGUGACCUCUGAAGGUGCAGAAUUGUCUUCUUUUAAACGCAGAAAGACAUUCAUUGAGCAAAACUAUCCAGUUGUAAUGCCAUUGCAAUAUGACUUGCAGCAGUCUGGAAAUUUUAGUACAUAUGUUCCAGUCCUAUCAAUGAUUCAAUCGCUGUUUCGAAAUUCUGACAUCCUCACCAAGAUCACUGCAGAAAAGUCUGAGGUUGGUUGUUAUAAAUCUUACGUUGAUGGAACUUAUUACCGUGAAAAUGAGUUGCUGUCUGUUGAAGAACUAAGACUAUCGUUGCAGCUAUAUGUCGAUGAUUUAGAAAUCGCCAAUCCUUUAGGGACAGCUCGCAAAAUUCACAAGUUGUGUGCUGUGUAUUGGACUCUAGCCAAUUUACACCCUAAGUAUCGCUCAGCACUACAUUCCAUUCAGUUAGCUGUGCUUUGUAAAGUGACAGACAUCCAGACAUAUGGAUACCCUACUAUACUAGCACCACUGUUGCAUGAUCUCCAAACUCUUGAAUCAGAUGGUGUGUUUAUUGACUCAGUCGGUCAUAACAUCAAAGGAACAGUAUUUUGUGUUUCAGCAGACAAUUUGGCUGCUCACAGAUUAGCAGGCUUUGUUGAGUCCUUCAGAGCAGGAAAUAUUUGCAGAUUUUGUUUGGCUACCUCUGAGGAAGUGCAGGUUAGUGCGGUCAGUGAUGGGACAUUUGUCCAAAGAACUAAAACCGAGCAUGAUCUUCAUGUUCAAAGUGUAAUGCACAAUGACUCAGUUGACAGUCUCUAUGGAGUGAAGAGAAACUGUGUUCUCCGUCAGUCACUAACACAUUUCCAUCCAAUUACUGGUUUCCCGCCAGACAUACUUCACGAUCUAUUGGAGGGUAUUGUACCAACUGAGUUAUGUCUGUGCAUUAAAGAGAUGAUUCAACUAAAACACUUUACACUAGAAUGGUUGAAUCAAAAGAUAAUGUCAUUCCCUUAUCAGUUCUCAGAUAAGGUAGAUAAACCUAAGCCCUUACCAAAAACAUUCAUGUCUAAAGGUACCAUAGGAGGCAAUGGGCAUGAAAACGCCACCUUACUGAGAUUGCUUCCUUUACUUAUAGGAAAUGCAGUUCCUGAGACAAGUGGUCCAUGGGCAGUGCUAAUGGAGCUAAAGGAUUUGGUUGAAUUGGCAAUGUGUCCGUUGUUCACAGAGGAAAUGUUAGAUUAUCUGCGAUGCAAAAUUGACGAUCAUAGACAAACACUGAAAGAAGUAUUUCCUGAAUGCAGACUACGACCCAAACACCAUUACGUAGAGCAUUAUGCUGAUCUUAUUAAGUGCUUUGGACCCUUGGUUCAUCUUUGGACAAUGCGGUUUGAGGGGAAGCAUCGCUUCUUUAAAAGAGUAGUGCAUGAUGCUCAGAAUUUUAAAAACAUUCUCAAGACUAUGGCAGUCAGACACCAAUACAUGAUUGCAUAUCAUCUUAGUUCUGGCUCUUUCUUCAGACCUAAAAUUCAAACAAGUGCUGUUAACUCCAUUUCAGUGUCAUCCCUACCAGACAUUGCUCAGAUGUGCAUCAAAAAGCAGACAGACAGUGAUUCAGUUUUUAGCACUUUGAAGGUCACAGUUGAUGGUAUGGAGUAUGCCAAUGGCAUGUUUGUAUCAGUGGGAGAAAGUGGAGGAUUGCCAAAGUUUGCAAAAAUAUUGCAGAUCUACUUGGUAAAUAAUAAGGUUUCUUUCUUCUGUACUGACUAUGACUGUUGGUAUAUGGAACAUCUUCGUUGCUACGAACUGUGUCCUCCUGUAUCAGGGCCCAGUCAGUCCUUCUAUUUACACUCUCGACUAAAUGACACUGUGACUUUGUGUGCAUACAGAAUUGAAGGAUGGUUAUUGCUGACUAUAAAAAGGUUCUUACCAGUUACAAACAAUGGAGGCAUGUAA